UGAGAGGUUGAGCCUGAACCGUCUCGGAAGUGCAUCUACACGGUGCUAGUGUUUUUAUUAACGUGGUCAGAUCUGGCCAUGUGGAUUUAAAAAGAAAAAAUUAUUGUGUCUAAAAAGCUUUUCUAGUUUCUCCAGGCAUUGAUUUUUUUAGCUUCUGGUCAUUUAUAUCGAGCUAUAUACUAAACAACUAGCUAUUUAUCGAGUGUUGCUAACUAGCCUAGCGUAGCAUUUGGUAAAAGUUUUGUGUUUCAGUGAGUGAAAUAAGUUGAAGAAGUGAAUUUGGAGGUAAGAGAAUAGGAAUUGCAAAAAUGCAGGAGCUAAUUGCCAACGUUGAUCAUAUAAAGUUUGAUCUGGAGAUUGCUGUCGAGCAGCAGUUAGGGGCUCAACCGCUGCCGUUUCCAGGAAUGGACAAAUCAGGAGCAGCCGUGUGCGAGUUUUUCAUGAGAUCUGCUUGUCUAAAAGGUGGAAUGUGUCCUUUUCGGCACAUCAGUGGAGAAAAGACAGUGGUUUGUAAACACUGGCUUCGAGGAUUGUGCAAGAAAGGAGAUCAGUGCGAAUUUCUGCACGAGUACGACAUGACGAAGAUGCCAGAAUGCUAUUUCUACUCCAAGUUUGGGGAAUGCAGUAAUAAAGAAUGUCCUUUCUUACACAUUGACCCGGAAUCUAAGAUUAAAGACUGUCCGUGGUACGACCGAGGCUUCUGCAAGCACGGCCCGGAUUGCCGACACAGACACACGAGGAGGGUCAUCUGUGUUAAUUAUCUCGUCGGAUUCUGUCCUGAGGGCAAGUCGUGCAAGUUCAUGCACCCACGCUUCGAGCUGCCUAUGGGGACAAACGAACAGCCACCUCUGCCUCAGCAAGCCCAGACCCAGCAAAAGCAGAAUGCACAGAGCUUAAACAGAUCAUCGUUGUCACUGAUCCAGUUAACCAGCAACAACUCCAACAUCAACAGCAACCAUCAGAAACCUUCACACAUUCUCGGAGUGUCACAGCCUCAGAACAACACGGGCGGCCCCCGAGGCCCUCGUCCACUGGACCAGGUCACAUGUUACAAGUGUGGAGAAAAGGGACAUUACGCAAACAAAUGCACGAAAGGACACCUGGCUUUCCUAAGUGGACAGUAACCUUGUACUUCACCACGUAUCUGCUAAUAAACUGCUGGAAUUUCAGUACAAGUUUUUCAGUGGUCACGGUGGUGGACUUUCUCCACCAAGUUCACGUCAUGGACAUUGAACAAAUUGAGUUCUCUGCCAUGAUCAACUUCUGUGGGCAGAACGGAAGCAGAGAAUCAUCCGAGUCUGUGAGAGUAAAGCAGUGUGUUAUUUUUAAGCUCACAGUUCUACACUGCUGGGAAUCUAAUGGGGAAUAAAAAUUGGGAAUGUUGGCAGGAUUUAAGUAGAAAAAAAACCAAAGAAAAAACCAGGAUAAAUGUCUUUCACUUUUACAUACAGUGCUGACAGAUUUAUGACACCUAACUAAAAUAAUCACUCUGUUUUUGUUUGGAUUUCGAUGUCAGUGGACUUUCCGGUGUGGAGUAAAACGUGUGAUUUAACACAUCACGUGUUUUCUGUUCAGUGAACUGUUUUCAGGAAAGAUGUAGCAGUUACAUCACUUACAAAGUUUAAAGUUGAAGAAAUAGAGAUAGCACUAAACUUUAAAGUGAAAUAAUAAAAAAAACUUUUUUUUUAUAAUGUAAAACUGAUUUUAUGCCGGAAAAUAAAUUCUCUUCAGAAUGUGAUGAGCAUGUUCAUAAAAAUAAA